AAGACGUAUUUGGAUACGAAAUAUAUUCCAUGAAACACAACGAAGAGAAGCUGGUGCACAAAGACUUAUAAACGAAAUGUGCUUAAUGGAACCUAAUAAAUAUUUCAAUUAUUUACGAGUGACACCAGAACAAUUCAAUUCUUUACUUGGUUUCGUUGGACCACAUAUAACUAAAUUAGAAACUUUAUUUCGUUCACCCAUACCACCAGCAACAAGAUUUGCUUUGACAUUACGCUAUCUUGCAAGCGGAGAUAGCAUGGUAUCACUUAGUUAUCAGUUUCGAAUAGGCAAAAGUACGGUAUCGAAAAUAAUAUCAGAGACUACAACUGCAAUUUGGAAUAUUUUACAACCAAUUGUUUUGAAACAACCAACAGAAAAUGACUGGAAGAGAAUUGCUAAGGAAUUUAAUGAUAAAUGGAAUUUCGUAAAUUGUAUUGGGGCAAUAGAUGGGAAACAUAUUAUUAUUCAGAUAAAUAAAUUAAUUUGUUUCAGACAUUGGAGCAGAAGGACGCCAAAGCGAUGGAGGAAUAUUUCAAAGAAGUGACAUUGG